CAUCUGACAGUGCCUGGUCCAGUAUCUCAGACAUUGUAAAUCACAUCCGUAAGACGUCCGACCCUGAUGUCAUACCACGUGACCGACACAGCCCACUCGAGGUGGAAGUCGAGUUCAAUCCGGUGAACAUUCUGGAAGCGGACCCCAAGACCAAGCAGACGGAACUGAUCGUGCGGCAAGAUAUCCGUUGGAAAUACUUAACGUUCUACAACACCAUCUCCGCCCCUGAACCGUUGGUGCCGCAACUCGUCGUCGUCAACAUUGACGGGGGCAUCUUGUGGGUGCCCAGUCUUAAACUAACCACCCUGUGUGACGUCACCAAAGGCGUCUCCACCUGCGUCAUCAAGAUGGGGUCGUGGACGUACAGCGAGCUUGACGUCAAGCUGACGGCUAAAACCGACACGUCGACUGACGCCACAGAUUCCCCGUUUGAGCUGGUUAGCUCUGACGUCGAGAGGAAACAAAUUAUCUACUCGUGCUGUCCCACCGAAGUCUACGCCACUGCGGAGUUUAAAGUCAGUUCCGGAAGAAAAAAGCCAAACGAAAUAAUAAGAUGA